AUGUCGGUGCUAAAACCGACAGACCUCGGGGUAGGAGGUCCCGAGUUGUGGAUCUCGGAUCGAUGGCUAAACCCCUUGGCUUAUAUACACGCCAGAGGGGUACCUAUGGUUACAUGGUCGAUUGCAGAUCUGAGGAUGCGUAUGACGGUGGACGAAGAUGUCCUUGGAGUACAUGUCAAGUCUUCGGCAGGGGCUGUCUUGAUCACGUCGAGGUUGGAAGCUGUGUUAUCUAUUGGAACUCAUGUAAUCCCACACCCGAGAAAGGUUGAGACCGGAGGAGAAGAUGCUUUCUUUGUGGGCGGUGAUGGCGGUGGAGUAUUUGCCAUUGCAGACGGCGUUUCAGGAUGGGCAGAAAAGAAUGUCAACCCAGCUCUGUUUUCUCGAGAGCUUAUGGCAAACAGCUCUACUUUUAUCAAGGAUGAGGAGGUCAGUCAGGAUCCUCAAAUUCUUCUAAUGAAGGCUCAUGCUGCAACUUCUUCCAUUGGAUCUGCUACAGUAAUCGUCGCGAUGCUUGAGAAGACUGGAACCCUGAAAAUUGCGAGUGUAGGCGACUGUGGUUUGAAAGUUAUUCGAAAAGGCCAAGUGAUGUUCUCUACAUGCCCUCAAGAACAUUACUUUGAUUGUCCAUACCAGCUAAGCUCCGAGGCAAUUGGUCAAACAUCUCAAGAUGCAUUGGUUUGCACUGUAAAUCUUAUGGAGGGUGAUAUGAUAGUCAGUGGCUCAGAUGGAUUCUUCGACAAUAUAUUUGAUCAAGAGAUCCUUUCUGUCAUUAAUGAGUCUCCAGGCACAGAUGAAGCUGCAAAAGCUUUGGCAGAGCUUGCAAGAAAACAUUCAGUGGAUGUAACAUUCGAUUCACCCUACUCGAUGGAGGCCCGGAGUAGGGGUUUUGAUGUUCCUUGGUGGAAGAAGCUACUUGGAGCUAAGCUAGUAGGCGGUAAGAUGGACGACAUUACGGUCAUUGUCGCACAAGUUAAGACAGUGGUGAUCCCAGAUGAUGAGGGUAGUGGAGUUGAACUGGAGAAAGUGGGUGGCGAGCAACUCGCUGCUGCUGGAGUUGCAUCCACUGAACAGAAUGAAUGA